UAGGCGCGGCCAUGUUGGUCUGUAGUGAAUAAAAUCGAGAUAUUUCGCUUUUAGGGAAUUAGAAUUGACACAAUAUGCCCAAAUGCGACCUAAAAACGAGAUACAUCCCCGCGACAUUCGCUUGGACAUUACUUUUGGGCACCACGUCUCUAUUUUUUUAUUUUCCCUGCCAGUAUUAUCUGUACAAGUAUCCAUGGGUUCCUGCAUACCAAGGUGUCAUAACAUUUUUUGUUUUGGCAAAUUUUACACUGGCCACUUUCAUGGACCCGGGAGUGAUACCAAAAGCUCCACCUGACGAGGAUCGCGAGGACGACUUUCGAGCGCCGCUGUACCGCAGCGUAGAAAUCAAUGGCAUAACGGUGCGCAUGAAGUGGUGCGUCACGUGCAAGUUCUACCGCCCGCCGCGCUGUAGCCACUGCUCCGUGUGCAACCACUGUAUAGAAACGUUUGAUCACCACUGUCCGUGGGUGAACAACUGCAUCGGGCGGCGGAACUACAGGUUCUUCUUCUUCUUCCUCAUAUCGCUGUCCAUACACAUGCUGAGCAUAUUUGGUCUCAGCCUCUACUACAUCAUGAACAACAAUAAAACGCUCACGCAAGUGGAGCCUAUUGUGUCAAUGGUGAUAAUGGGUAUAAUCGCACUCCUGGCGAUACCGAUAUUCGGUCUGACGGGCUUCCACAUGGUGCUGGUGUCGCGGGGGCGCACCACCAACGAGCAGGUGACGGGCAAGUUCACCGGCGGGUACAACCCCUUCUCAAAGGGUUGCUGGUCCAACUGCUGCUACACGCAAUUCGGGCCGCAGUAUCCUAGCCUGGUCCGACCGUCCAAAUACAUAUAUAAGGGCGGGAAAAAACGACGCGACGGCGGCGUCGGAAACGCGGCCAUUUCCACCAUCGCCGCCGACCACCACGCGCAGGUAAAGACGUACACUGCGGACAACGGCACCGCGCACCGCCCGCUCGGCGCGCACGCACACUACAACAAGCUGUCCCCUGGUCGGGAAGAGCACGAGGGUGAGCUGGAAGGGCCGGGCGCGUCCCAGUCGGCGGACUGUGAGCCCACGCCUCCGCCCUUGCAGCGUCGGGGAUCUGCUGCGAACCUGUUCCCACCCGCCGAGCCGCAUCAUCACUUACCACCGCGGCCGCAUCACUAUCCGAGGCUUAGUCCGCUUUCUAGAAACACGAGUCAUGGCGGUACAACAACCUCAGGGUACCGGGUGGUCAUGGAGCCAUUACGGUACGACACAGGGUCGAAUGGCGGAGCGCGACCCUCGCCCACGAUGCAACAACGCAUCAAGGCACUCGGUGUGCCCACACCCUUAGCAGUUAGCAGUCCCGUGCGGAGGUCCAACCCCGGCACGCCGACGCAGCCGCGCCGCCCCGACUUCAUCGGCGUGCGCGCCUCGCCGCAGCGCCGCUUCCUCUCCGAGGGCGAGCUGCUGCGCGACGCGCCGCACGCGCCGCACGACGUGCGCGAGCUGGCCGCCUCGCCGCAGCGCGGCACGUACCUGUGGGCCGAGCGCGCCGCGCCCGCCGCGCCCGCCGCGCCGUCGCCGCACGCCCGCCGCCGCGCGCCGCCGCACGCGCCGCACGCGCCCGCGCCGCGGCCCGCGCGCCCGCUGUCCUUCAUCCGCGCGCUCGAGGUGCAGGACCAGCUGGAGCGCGCGCCGCCGCCCGCGCCGCCCGACCGCGCCUCCGUCUACGACUGCAACUACGAGAUCUCCGUGUGAGCCCGGCCGGGGCCCGCAGCCCGCCCGACCCCUAUUUUGACUCCCUAUUCUCGUAAUAGGCCAGUUUAAAACCGACCGAGGCCGAUUGAAUGGCCGAGUGAUUCCAAAGAUUGUUCUCUUACUUCGUUAGUCACGCACAACGGUCGCCGCGCCGGGUGACUGUCAUUAUAAGUGUUUAUGUCUAUUUAAGAUCCGUAACGUGUGAUUAGUGUUUUAUAUUUAUGUAUAUUUGGCGAGCGAUUCGUAACUUUAAAAUUACUAGACCGUAUUUGUGUACAUAGUCCCCACCCCAGUGUUGUGAUUCAGUGAUCGCGCAUGUGAUGUUAUCACGAUUCGUGGCACGAAUCGAAGACUGUUAACCGUAGUUUUAAAGCAGUUCAGUAUAUUGUAUCCGAAAUGGGAAUUGACUGAGUCGUAAGUUUGCCUCGAUUAUUUUAGCUGAUUCAAUCGUGCAGCGAAAUUAAUAAUCAAUUUUUGCCCGCUACUUUCUCCUAACUUAUGACGAUGAGUUGCGGGCAAAAACUGAACUUUGACGGAAAAUUUUGUGCCAAAUAUUCUGUAGAAGAUUAUGUAGAGCAGUUUUGAACGGUUCCUUUAAUUUGUUUUAAUCUAAUAUAUAAAUAAUACUUGCACGUUCACGCGUUUUAACUGACCGCAUUUAUAGACAGAGAAUCUACAUGAAAUAAUAACCUAUUUUGUAUAAUUGUAUAUUUUGUUAUACUAUUCUUAAAGAUUUCAUGCAAACUUCUUGUUAUAUUACUUUAAUCAUUAAAUAGAUAAU